GUGGUGAGGUUUGGAAACGUAAUCCGGUUGUGCACUUGUCACCAUGGUUGAGACCCGUAGUGGGACGAGCACUAGCCCCUACACCCAGGAGCAACAGGAAAAGAUGGCCGCCUUAGUGAGAGAGAACAAAGAGAGGAAGGAUCUUCUGAAGCAGGCGAAGCUGAAAGCUAUCGCAGAGGAGCAGGUGACAAAGAUGAAGAAACUGGAGGAGGAGAUGAAGAGAGUUCAGCAGGAGGAGGAAGAGAGAAGAAAGGCUGCCGAAGAGGAAGCAGCAGCAGAAGAAGAAAAAGAGAGAAAAUGUAUGGAAAGCAGAGAGGAGAGUAGUGGCACGAAGAAGGAUGAAGACGCAGAGAUGGAGAAGAAGAUUAGCGAGUGGAUAGCUAACUUAUCGUUGGGGGAAGAUGAGGAGGCGGAGUUCUACAUGCCCCAGGACGAGAGGGAUGCGUUAGCCUAGGAGGAAGCAGCGAUGGAGGACCCCCUGGAAAGACAAGAAAGAGAGGAGGAGAAAAAGUUGGAGUGGAAAUUGAGAAUGGAGAGGGAAAAGAAGAGAAGGAGGGAUGAAGUUACUAGGUUGACCGCAGAGGUGGCGAAGGUGAAAGAUUGUAGGCAGGAGGUGCAGGCUUAGGCAGACGCCUCGGCCAAAAUGGAUAAGGUGUUGGGGUACUUGGAGGUCUUGAGCGCAGCUUGGAUGGAGGAACGCUAGGCCAAUAGAGCUCAAGAGGUAACCCUGAAGGCCAUGCGGUCCGGUUUUCGGGAUUUUGCACGCGAGAUGGUUACCCACGUUGGAGGGAAAGUCAGGCGGUUGAGAGACAACGUAGGGAAGUUUUGUGAGGGUGCCAUUGAGGGCGCCAAAGUAGUAGCCGCUGCUGAGAGCGAGGCCAGACCCCGCAAGGAACCAGUCAAACUCAAGUUUCUCGAUGCCUAUGGCGGGAAAUAUGAUGAGAACUUCGAUAACUAGGAGGCUAGCGUAAACAGUUACGUUUACUUACAACAAAUCGUACAGGACGAU